AUGACACGACCGAACCAGAGUCGCUACCUAUUUCGUUUCGGGAUCCCUUCCAUCGUGGGUGGCAUCCUUGGGCUGCUCAUCUGGUCCCUGUGGUUCGGUGUCAACUCCGAUCGAGACAAUGUAUCAUCCUUGAUAAACCACCUCAUUCCUGCAGGCCAUUGUGCUUGCCAAACAGCCGUGUCAUUCGAAUGCGGGAGUUGUCUCCGUUGUGCUUCUGGUCUCCCUGAGGAUCCAACACCACAAGCACGAGCUUAUAACCCAGUCUACGACGCACAUAACCUAUCCCUGAAUGCUGCCCAGUGCCAGGGUUUCUUUCCAGGCCUGUUCGAAGAUGUCCACCGCGCGCAGGCAUUCUGGACUGCAAAGCAUGGCAUAUCCAUGCAUGACUUGAAUGACAUUCAUCUGGUGGAUGGCAUGGCUCGUGCAGCAGUAGUCAAUGGUCAGCUAUAUGUGAUAUCCACUCAUGCCAGAGGAGACGACCAUCGGCGUAAAAUCUUGGGUAUCUUGGGUUCGAUCCAUCGGGCAUUAGCCUCGAGUCCUAAUACUUCUGCUCUACCUAAUACAGAGUUCAUUUUCUCUGUAGAGGACAAAGUAGACGAUGUUGCCAGUCCUCAUCACCCUCUAUGGGUCUUGGCCCGAAAGCCAGAUGAGAAAGCCGUGUGGCUCAUGCCGGACUUCGGCUUCUGGGCUUGGGAACACGGCAAGGUUGACGGCAAGAUCGGUCCGUAUACUCAGGUGGUGGAUCGUAUUCGACAGAAAGAUGUCCCUUGGGAGGAGAAAGAGGCUAAGCUGGUGUGGAGGGGGAAACUGAGCUUUGCGGCGAAGAUGCGACGGGCAUUGCUGGAGGCAGCAAGGAAUCAGCCAUGGGCUGACGUCAAAGAAAUAGUAUGGAAGGAUAAGACGAACUUUAUCAGCAUGGAGGAACACUGCCGGUAUCGCUUCAUUGCUCAUGUAGAAGGACGAUCUUAUUCAGCUUCCCUUAAAUAUCGCCAGGCAUGCGGUUCCGUCGUCGUCGCACAUAAACUCCAGUAUAUCCAACACCACCACUACCUCCUUGUUUCGUCAGGCCCAGAUCAGAAUUUUGUCGAAGUAGAGCGCGACUUUUCUGACCUGCCAGCGAAAAUGCAGACGUUGCUAGACGAUCCAGCGUCUGCUGAGCGCAUUGCCAAUAAUAGUGUCACAACGUUUCGGGAUCGAUAUUUGACUCCAGCUGCAGAGUCAUGUUAUUGGCGUGAGCUUUUGGAUCAGUGGACAGCAGCGUCGCGACAUAUUACCGACGCAAUUUCUCCAUCUGAAUUUGUACUCAGGGGUAUACGUUAUGAAUCUUUCAUAUUGCUUGAUAGCCAGAAAAUGAUGCAGUUUCCAUGA